AUGAAUCCUGAAUAUGACUACUUGUUUAAACUUUUGCUUAUCGGAGACUCUGGAGUUGGUAAAUCAUGUCUUCUCCUAAGAUUUGCUGAUGAUUCGUAUCUGGACAGUUACAUAAGCACAAUUGGCGUCGACUUUAAAAUACGCACUGUGGAGCACGAUGGGAAGAUUAUAAAACUUCAAAUAUGGGAUACUGCAGGGCAAGAACGGUUCCGGACAAUCACUAGCAGCUAUUAUCGUGGGGCGCAUGGCAUUAUAAUAGUUUAUGAUGUAACUGACCAAGAGAGUUUCAACAAUGUUAAUCAAUGGUUGAAUGAAAUCAGUCGUUAUGGUAGUGAGAAUGUGAACAAGCUUCUCGUUGGAAACAAGUCUGACCUUACUGCUAAAAAGGUCGUUUCACCCGAAGCAGCCCAGGCGUUUGCAGAUGAACUUGGCAUUCCGUUUAUGGAGACUAGCGCGAAAAAUGCUACUAAUGUCCAGCAGGCUUUUUUGGCAAUGGCAGCUGAUAUUAAGAACAGGAUGGCAAGCCAGCCAGCGUCCAGUACGGGAAGGCCGUCGAUGGUGCAGAUAAAAGGAAAACCAGUUAACCAGAAGAGUGGCGGAUGCUGCUCCUCUUAG